AUGUCUGUGACCAGCCCUGCUCCCAAUUCAGCACAGCCAUUGAAGUAUCUCACCCCCUCUUGUCAGCAAGUCGCGCAUGAAGACCUCUCCGGCACUACAGCUGGCCGCUGGGUUAUUCGGACUUGCCUCGCCGACCCCGCCAUUUUGCCGGCAAUCUCUCAGCAUGUCUGUCACGGCGUGGCCUUGACGCCAGCUGGAUUAUACACCGACAUGGCAGCCGUUGCUGCUCGACAUAUCUGGCGAUCCGACCGCGGUCACGACGCGGUCACUCCAGCAAUCAAGGUCUGCAAUCUGUCGGUGACAAAAACCUACAUCAUCGCCAUACCUCCCAAGCCCACUGGACAGUGGCUCGAAAUGGAAGUCGUGCCAGAGAUAUCGCCAUUCAGUUCGGGAGAUCUCCUGGAUGCUACUGUUCACUGUCAAUUCCGAAGCAUCACACCCGACGGCGUCAAGAUCAACGACUUGGCGAGUUGUAGCGUCGUGUACGAACUCGAUCAUGCAUGGCUGAUGUCCUGGUCGCAUUUCGCCCCCACCAUCCUUGCUAGGAUAUCGAAGCUGCACGUUCGUGCAGCGACGGAGACUUCCGGCGACGUGAUGCACAUGCAUCGUGGCAAAGCUUACGAGCUAUUCCAAAGCUUCGUCGACUAUGGUCCAAAGUAUCAGAAUAUGGCCGAAGUCUACGUCGACACACAAACGCUCGAGGCUACUGCGACGCAUGCUUUCCAGCCGGAUCCAGCCACCGAUUACACAACACCUUUCUAUAUGGAUGGCUCGUGUCAUAUAUCCGGAUUCGUCGUCAACGCCAUCGUAGACACGGAAAAGAACGCAUAUAUCUCGCAAGGCAUUGAGUCAAUGAAGCUCUCGUCGAAGUUUGAUCCGGAGGACCACCACGCGGAGAUCAAAACGUACGUGCACAUGGAGACGAUGCCAAACGACAAGACCGUGAUGCGCGGAGAUGUCUACGUCUUGCAGAACGAGGAAAUCGUGGGUGUUUGGGAGGGGAUUAAAUUCAAGCGAAUCCCAAGAAAGGCGCUGAACGUCUUCUUGCCACGGCCGAAGGUGUAG